AUGGCUGCUCAAAGUGGCAUAGCAGCAAACGAAAAGUUGCUCUCAGCUCUGGCUGAGGCAAAACAUGGCUCAGUCCGUCUUGUUCAUAUGCAGAUCGAAGAUGAACAAAUCAAACUGCGUAAGAUCAUUCCAGCCAAGGGUAACUGGGAAGACGAGUUCGAUCAGUCAAUUCUUCCUCUUCUUGAUCAUAAGACUGCUUCCUACAUCCUUUAUCGCCUUGAUUCGAAAAACAGUCUUGGGUAUGAAUGGAUCCUUCUAACCUGGAUACCUGACGAAACACACGUUUGGCAAAAAACACUCUAUGCUUCUACGCGAGCCACCAUAAGACGUCAAUUUGGUGACGGUUAUCUUGCUGAUGAUUUGCUGUGUCAUGACAAGGAAGACAUUUCUCUGUCGGGUUAUCGAAAACAUUUAGUUUCCAAGAGGGCUCCUAUCCCGCUCACACAUGCUGAAGAACAGGCCCAAGAAACAGCAGCUGGCCAUGUUGUUCACGCCUCGAUGAACGAUGGUUAUAGUAGCAUGGGUGGAGUUGCAUUCUCAUUGACCAGUUCCUCCCGGAAAAUUGUUGAGCAAUUCUCUGGUGGAAAGGUCAACUACCUCCAGUUCCAAAUCAAUAUUCCCGAGGAGCGUAUUUUUGUGGCGGUCUCGAAGAGCAACUUGAAGCCAGAAGAAAUCGGUGCCCUGACUCCUCCAAACACUGGUUCCUAUCACCUCUAUCGAUUCAUCCAUGAAUUUGAUGGGUCCAGAUACGAUCCUAUUGGUGCUUUCAUUUACGCUUUGACGGAUUAUCUCAACUCUUUCCUUUCCAAAUUAGUUUUUGUACAUACGAUACCGGGCUACCAGAGUAGCAUAAAGGAGCGUAUGCUGUAUUCAAGCUGCAAGGGCAACCUGAUCGACUGUCUCUCACGUCAUUAUGGAAUCGACAUCCAACGCAAGUUGGAGAUCGAGGACUUUAAGGAGUUUACCACGACCUUCCUUAUGGACACGUUUCACCCGAAGGAGGCCGCCACAUCGCUCUCCUUUUCCCGCCCUAAGGGACCCGCUGGUCGAGGACCUCGCCGUCUCAUCAAAUGA